AUGGAGGUGAUGGACAGCUGCCAGUUCUCCCCAUCCGAGCUCUUCUAUGACAGCUCCUGCCUGUCGUCCCCUGAGGGUGAGUUCCCCGAGGAUUUUGAGCCAAGGGAGCUGCCUCCUUUUGGAGCCCCUGUGCCCACUGAGCCUGCCUGCCCUGAGGAAGAGGAGCACAUCCGGGCCCCCAGUGGACACCACCAGGCUGGCCACUGCCUCAUGUGGGCUUGCAAAGCCUGCAAGAGGAAAUCCACCACCAUGGACCGGCGGAAGGCAGCCACUAUGAGGGAGAGGAGGAGGCUGAAGAAAGUAAACCAAGCAUUCGAGACCUUGAAGAGGUGCACCACAGCCAACCCCAACCAGAGACUCCCCAAAGUGGAGAUCCUGAGGAACGCCAUCAGGUACAUCGAGAGCCUCCAGGAGCUCUUAAGGGAACAGGUGGAGAACUACUAUCACCUGCCGGGACAGAGUUGCUCCGAGCCCACCAGCCCCAGCUCCAGCUGCUCCGAUGGGAUGGCGGACUGCGGCAGCCCGGUCUGGCCAGCGAGAGGCAGCAGCUUCGAGGCGGGGUACUGCCCCGAGAUGCCCCACGGUUACGCGGCGGAGCAGAGCGGCGCGCUGUCCAGCCUGGACUGCCUCUCCAGCAUCGUGGACCGCCUCUCUCCGGCAGAGGAGCCGGGGCUGCCCCUCCGCCACACCGGCUCCCUCUCGCCAGGCGCCAGCAUCGACUCGGGGCCCGGGACGCCCGGCUCGCCGCCUCCCCGACGGACCUACCAGGCGCUAUGA